AUGCACAUCAGACAGAUCAUCAUUCAUGGGUUCAAAACUUAUAAGAACGUGACUGUGGUGGAAGACAUUUCAUCUGGUCAUAACGUUGUUGUUGGACGAAAUGGAUCUGGUAAGUCUAAUUUCUUUGCUGCUAUAAGGUUCGUUCUCUCGGAUUCGUAUACGCAUAUGUCAAGGGAAGAACGGAUGAGUUUGAUUCAUGAAGGUACCUCUAUGUCCGCCUCGGUGGAGAUAAUCUUUGAUAAUUCCGAUGGUCGAUUCCCCGUGAAUAAGUCACAAGUAUCAAUUUCUAGAACCAUUGGACUUACGCGCGAUGACUACGCUUUCAAUGGGAAGACAGCAUCUCAUUCAGAGAUCAUGGGUCAUUUGGAAUCUGCUGGGUUCUCUAAGGCCAACCCAUAUUAUAUGGUACCGCAAGGUAGAAUCACGGCAUUAACUAAUGCAAAAGAUCAAGAAAGGUUAGCUCUCUUAAAAGAAGUGAGUGGUGCUACGGUGUUUGAAGUAAGAUUGAAGGAUUCAAUGAAGGAAAUUGGUCAUGCUGAUCUCAAAGUUCAGAGAAUAGAUGAAAAUUUGACUGCAAUCAAUGAUCGUUUAUGUGAUUUACAAAUCGAGUCUGAUGAUUUAAAAGAGUUUCAACAAUUGGAAAAGUCUAAGAAGAUCUAUGAAUUUAAUCUUUUAGAUAGAGAAGUCGAUGAUUUAACAACCUCCAUUGAAGGUUUGGAUCUGGAGUACCAAGAUCUCUUGAUAAGAUCACAGCAUGAUUUACAAGACUUGGAAAAGAGAGAGAAAAUGUGUCAGUCUUUAUCAGAGACUAUUAACGAGUUAAAGGUAUCUCAAAAUAUUGCCUCUAUUGAGAAAGAGCAAACUGAUAAGGACAAAACUGAAAUUUUAAUCAAAUUAUCGGAGAAACAAGUAUCUGUUGAUGAAUUGACACAGAAAAUAAAAGACUUAACGAAAAAUAAUGAAGAACGUCAGACCUCCUAUAAAGAAUUACAAGUUCGAAUGAAAGAAUGUGAAUCUAAUUUAAAUUUGUACAAGCCAGAUUUAGAAAAGUUGCAAGAACAAGAAAAGGGACUUAAGGAAAAGUUACAAGCAGCCACAAAUAUCCAAAGAGCUCUUUACAAUAAACAAUCGCGUUUCAAUCAGUUUGAUAGUAAAGAUUCAAGAAAUGAAUGGUUACAAGAGAAAAUUGGGCAAUUAAGGGCCGAUAUAACUGAAAAAAAUAAAGAAUUACAACAGCUACAAGUGGAAUUUGAUACCCAUGCCACUACAUUAUCUCAACUCACAGAGAGACAGAAUGAAUUGGAAAAACUAUUAGGUUCUGAUAAUUCCAGUACAAUCUCAUCUUUACGUUCAAGUAUCAAUUCUUUAAAGGAAAAGAUCUUGGAAUUUGCUGAUACUAGAAAGCAGCUUUGGAGAGAUGAAAUAAGAUUGAAAUCAAUUAAAGAUUCUUUAACCAUCGAUUACAUGAGUGCUACGGAUUCUGUAAAUAAAACUAUGGAUCGGUCCCAUGCUCAAGGUCUUUUAGCCGUCAAAAAUAUCUCUGAGAAGUUAGGGCUCACUGAUAAAGUAUAUGGGCAAUUACUGGAUUUAUUCACUGUUGGUGAUAAAUACAAAAUAGCAGCUGAAGUGGUUGCUGGGAAUUCUUUGUUCCACAUAGUGGUUGAUAGCGAUACUACCGCAUCCUUAUUGAUGGAAGAAAUGACAAGAUUGAAAGCUGGAAGAGCUACAUUUGUUCCGUUAAAUAGGUUACGGACGAAUAACUAUGAUUAUCCGGACAAAGAACAUCAGUGCAUUCCGUUGAUUAGGAAGUUGAAAUUCAAUGAAAAUGUAUCAAAAGCCAUGGUUCAAGUUUUUGGGAAUACUAUCGUUGUAGGUGAUUUACAAGAUGGUUCUGCUCUUGCACGUGCAUUCAAGUUGAAUGCCAUAACUUUGGAUGGAGAUAGAGCUAGCAAUCAAGGUAUUUUAUCUGGUGGGUUUAGAGACUACAAAAGUUCCAGACUAGAUGCCAUCAAAUCACAACUGAGAAAGAAGAAGGAAUUAGACAAAGUGGAUUUGGAAUUAUCCAAAUGUGUUGCACUGAUUGAUAAAACAAACCAUGAGUUAAACCACAUGCAAAAUCAAUUACGCCAAAAAAUCAUAGAUUUAGAAAAUGGUAUAAACUCUCAAGAACCAUACAAGGUUGAAUUAUCACAAAUUGAAGCUCAGAAAUAUGAUGCUCAACAGCAAUUGGAAUCUUUGAAGGUAAGGUUAUCCAGUUUAACAGCCAUGACCAAAGAUAUUGAACUGAGUAUUUCUUAUCAUGAAGAUGAAAUGAAAUCUGAUUUCAGCAACACUUUGACUGAAGCCGAAACUGCUGAAUUGCUUGAUAUUAACCAGGAAAUCGCCAAACAAGAAGCUGAAUUGAAUAAAGUGUUUUUCAAAAUGGCAGACGUGGAAGGUCAAGUAUCAACGUAUGAAACUCAAUUAAAGAAUGAAAUCAUGCCCCGUAUAUCCGAAUUGAAAUUAACGGGGUUACAGGAACAAUAUCCACAAGAUUUAAAUGAGUACAAAGAAAAGUUACAGGAACUUACCACCGAGUAUGAAACUUUACAAAUGCAAUUUGAUACUGUUGAGUCCAGAAACACCAACACUAUCAAUGAGUUUGAAAAUAUUGUCAAGGAAAUAUCAGCCAGUGAGAAGGCUUUAGAAGCAGCCAAUCGUCAACAGGGAACUUUGGUUCGUAAGAUUGAAACGUUUUCCAAAACCAGUGAAAAGCUUCUUUCUAGAAAGUCAAUGCUUUCCUCUAGAAGAGAUGAAGUUCAAAAGAAGAUUAGAGAUUUGGGUGUUUUACCUGAGGAAGCAUUUCAAAAGGCCGUUUAUGAAAAGUUUCAAUCUGAAGAAUUGCUAAGGAAAUUGAAUGAUACCAAUGAUGUACUCUCCAAAUAUGCCCAUAUCAAUAAGAAGGCUUUAGAACAAUACAACAGCUUCACCAAGAAACGGGACGAGUUGGUUGACAGACGGAAAGAAUUGGAGCAAUCCAAAGAUUCUAUCGAUGAGUUGAUCCAAAGCUUAAAGAGGCAAAAGGAUUCGGCCAUUAAAAAGAGUUUUAAACAAGUGUCCAAGAGUUUCCACGAUAUCUUUGAGAAAUUAGUACCUCAAGGCACAGCCAAACUUUUCAUGUUAAAGACGAGGGAAGAUAAUAGUAAUGAUUAUGAUCAUAGUGACCCUAAUGUUCAUGACGACGACGACGGUGAUCAGUCAAUAACCCAGACUCAGAUUGCAAACAUCAAUGACGGUUCCAGCACCAUUGAAGACUACGUAGGGGUUGGUAUUAGUGUUUCCUUCAAUUCGAAGCAUGACGAACAACAGAGAAUUGAACAGUUAUCUGGAGGACAGAAAUCACUCUGUGCCAUAGCAUUGAUUCUUGCUAUACAAAUGUGUGAUCCUGCUCCCUUCUACUUGUUUGACGAAAUAGAUGCCAAUUUAGAUCAUGCAUACCGUCUGGCGGUGGCUUCCAUGAUCCAUUCAUUGUCGUCAAAAGCCCAGUUCAUCUGUACCACAUUUAGACCGGAAAUGGUAGAGGUUGCUGACAAGUUCUACGGGGUCAUGUUUGCCAACAAAGUGAGUACCAUACUGGAAAUAAACCAAGAACAGGCAUUAGGGUUUGUUGAGAGUCGUUAA